AUGUGCGACUUUAUUAGGGAAAGAAACAAAGGCAUAAACUACGUUGAUUAUCUGUUUGGCCAAAGGGACGUGGUUAAUUACGAGCUGUUCUUCAAGGAGCGCCACUUCCAGUUUGACAUUUAUCGGUCGGAUUGCACGGGAUGGCCGAGGGGGAUGGACAACAAGGUCAACAAAAUCAGGGUGAAGGAAAAGUCAGGCGGCCAGGAAAACUAUCCUAAUGACAGAGAGGAACAAAUUUCACAAGAAAAUGGGGAGAAAACAAAAAUGGUGAACCUGGAGGAUUUGUUUCAAAAUUGGUACAGCGAAGAUUUGUACCGUUGGAAAAGGAGGCUUUCCCUUUACUGGAAAAAGUUGUCCAGCUUGAAAAGAGAAAUGUGUCGGCAGUGCGCGAGGAGGUUGAAGAAAGACAUGGAAAAAAAUGAGCACAGCGGAUGUGUAGAAGGGGACGACUAUAACGAAGCAGGACGGAAUCCUCUGGAGGGAAAAAAAAACCGUAUGACGUACGAAGUGAACAGAUUCAGCGAAGGUGCCACGAUGAGCUGCUUGACGCGGAAUGGACACUGCCAAUCAGGUGCAGAAAAAAUUAUGAGCGCGAAAUUUAUGGCCACCCUCAAGAAAUACAAAAAAAUAAGAAAUAUCGGAAAUAGGAAUAAUUACACAAAAGAGGUGAACAAAGUGGAUCGAAUAUUUGGAAACAAAAAAAGGACCAUGAUGGAUGAGUUUGGACGCAUUUCCUCUUUUCUGCAACACCUUGAUCUUAUCAACACGCUGAAGAACUUUCUUAACCCAUAUGUACGAAAUAGCCUGUGGUUUUAUAUCAUAACUUUGUACAUUAACAGGCAGUAUGAGAUGAACCCAGGAAAGUUCCUUACUCAGCCGGAACUCCUAAUAACAAUUUUUUACAUCUGUUUUUGUAAAGGAGGGGGGGAUUAUUUGGGGAACUAUUUGGCCUCUUUUCAAAUCGAGAGCGAUGGCUUACGGGACGUUGUCGUGGAUGUCUUUGCAUACAAGCAGUUGUUGUCGUUUGUGCAAGACAGGUUCCAAAUCAACGUGGAAAUCCCGUUCAACCUGGAGGGCGUGCAAAACGUGUACAACGGGCUAAUUAAAUUAAGAGAAAAAAAGUUCACAGGAAUGGAUGGCGAUGUGCAGGACAAACUAUACGAGCUGAGCAUCAUCCUUCAUGCAAGUAUAUCCAGCAAUUUUAACGAAGGGGUAAAUCAAAUUCUGUUUAAGUUUGUUCGUUAUGUGGACGAUAUGAGGAGAAUCACCAGGGUGGUGUAG